AUGUUGAAGCGACCAUUGCCACCCAGAUUCCUCUUAUUCCUGCAGCUGCCUCUGUUGGGGAUGGGACUGAACCCAACAAUCCUCACGCCCACUGGGAAUGAAGACAUCACAGCUGAGGUUCAGUGUUUUGUAUUCAAUGUCGAGUAUAUAAAUUGCACUUGGAACAGCAGCUCUGAGCCUCAGCCCACCAACCUGACUCUGCACUAUUGGUAUAAGAACUCUGGUCACAAUAUCCAGGAGUGUGGCCACUAUCUAUACACUUCAGAGAUCACUUCUGGCUGUUGGUUGGGGAAAGAGGAAAUCAAUCUCUACCAAGCAUUCUUUGUCCAGCUCCAGGACCCACAGGAACCUAGGAGGAAGACCAAAAAGGAGCUAAGACUGCAGGAUUUGGUGAUUCCCUGGGCUCCGAAGAACCUAACACUUCACAACCUGAGUGAAUCCCAGAUAGAACUGAGGUGGAGCAACACAUACUUGGACCACUGUUUGGAGCACCUGGUGCAGUACAGGAGUGACCGGGACCACAGCUGGACUGAACAAUCAGUAGACCAAAGACGUAGUUUCUCCUUGCCUAGUGUGGAUGGGCAGAAACUCUACACGUUUCGUGUUCGGAGUCGCCAUAACCCACUCUGUGGCAGUGCUCAGCAUUGGAGUGAAUGGAGCCACCUGAUCCACUGGGGCAGCCAUAUUUCAAAGGAAUCCAUAGAGACCCCGUCAUUGUUUGCACUGGAAGCCGUGCUCAUCCCCCUUGGUUCCAUGGGAUUGAUUAUUAGCCUCAUCUGUGUGUACUGCUGGCUGGAACGGACCAUGCCCCGAAUUCCUACCCUCAAGAGCCUGGAGGAUCUGGUUACAGAAUACCACGGGAACUUUUCGGCCUGGAGUGGUGUGUCUAAGGGACUGGCGGAGAGCCUGCAGCCAGACUACAGCGAAAGGCUCUGCCACGUCAGUGAGAUUCCCCCAAAAGGCGUUGCUCUAGGGGAGGGGCCUGGAGGCUCCCCCUACAGCCACCAUAGUCCCUUCUGGGAUCCACCAUGUUACACCCUGAAACCUGAGCCCUGA